AAUCUACCGUGUCCAAAGAAGAAGAAGAAGAAGAAGCGGUGGUGGGUGGCUGUGGUUCACCAACACAUGAAGAAGAAGAAGUGAGCGGUUUGUUUGGAAAUGGCGGCUCCUUCGAAAGAAACGCUUGCACGGCUUGUUUAUGAUGCACUGCAGGCUGCGUCCUGUCCCUUGGUGGAAGGUUUGUACCUGCAGGACACAGACAGCAUGUUCAAGCUGCUGUGCACUCCAUCUCAGCACCGCACUGACAUACUGGCAUGGAUCUGCAGCAGCAUCAACCCAAAUUUUGCCACUUCCAAGUCGAUGUCAAAGAAAUCGAAAGACUCGGAUGUUUUAACUAAAGAAAUGGCUCUGCUUGGGCAGGAGCUGAUGCUGUGCAAAUCAAGUGACCUGGAUCUGAUCAGGGGUGAUGCGAGUCCUUACCGGCAGCUUCAAUUCCUGGAGGAGCUUUUAACUUUAGUGCCAGGCUGCAAGAAGUCUGCCGGGAAAAAAAUGGAUGCAGAGAUGUUACUGAGCGAGGUGUUUGCUGCUGAGAAUCUGCCUCACCUAUCACAAAUGCUUGAACCCACAUUCAACCCCUGGCCUGCACACAUCAAGGCUUUACACAAAGGCACCAAGUCCUCUCACAAGCCAAGGAGAGAGGAGGGUGCUGAUGUGGCUGCCCUGCUUCAAGAGGCUCAGUCAGCACUGGAGCAGCUACAGUCAGAGUGUGAAUUCCUGAAGGAGGCACAGAGUCCUGACGUCUUCUCUCCCAGCUCAUUGCGCGUGGCAGCGUGCGACCUCCAGCAGUUGAUGGCUACUUUCAGCCAUGUUUAUGAAACAGACUUGAGAGCUUACUGCAGCAGAGACCCACCAAGCCUCAGCACAGAGACCGAUGUCUUCCAGAGAGUACACCAACUACUGCUCGACUGCAACACGGAGUUGGAUCUGUUAAAUGAAGUAUCAGAAGCUUCUGCGUCCAUGAGUGAAGAAGUUAACGCGCUACAAACAGAACCUCGCUACUGGAGGAGAGGAGAGAAGCACUCGCUACCGGACCAACUGGCAGAACUUACCAGGCGAAAUAAAGACUUUCUCUCACUGAUGGCAACAACUUCAGACCAUCACCAUGAAUAAUUGAAUGCUGAAGUGAGCGAAGCUCUUGGAAUAAUGCAGUAACACUGGGAUGAUGUUCAAAGUUUCAUGUGUACUUGUAAACUGAGACCAAUAAGGAUCGUGGGCCUUCAGUCCGUGGACUGUGUUGAAUCUUCUAUGUCUCCUGAUAAACUACAGCAGUCGUCAGCAACUGGGUCAAUAUCACAGACAGAUCAUUUUGAUGAUUUGAUUAAAUUUCACCAUAUCAGACUGACACAGAGAUUCACAGGUGCUGAUCUCCAUCAUGGCAGUGACGUUCAUAGAAUCACUUCCUGUUUACCAAGUUGACUUUAAAUGUUGCUGUAAUGCUUUUUAUGGAACCGAACGACAGCCUUUAUUUGAAAAGUUGCAAACUUGGGUCUGAAGAUUUUGUUGAUUGCUUAGCAGACCUCAAAUAACUGCAUGCAAUGUAUGAAAAAACAACAGCAUUUAAACCACACACAGCAGUGAUAAAGCAAAUUCACUUUCAUUAUAGUGAGACAUUUUUAUUUGUAUAGCACUGUCCACUGAUGAGUCGCUACGUGCUUUACAGGCCCAAAUAAUUAAGUAAUUUAGCCAAUUCCAAAUAGGCAGGUUUGGAUUGGAGAAUGGUUUCAGGGUUGACAACUGUGCAAGUUUUACAUUCAUUCUUUUGACCCUAAUUUGUAAUGUUCUUUGCAGAAAAUGUAAAUGAAUAUUGUGACUGAAUACAUUUUAAUAUUUUGGAUGCUAUCUGGUUAUCAGCUGUUUUUUUGUUGUU